AUGAGUCGAUGGGGGUGUGUGUUGGGACAACAUGAUGAAUCCGAAAAAAGGGAACGAGUCAUCUACUACCUGAGCAAGAAGUUCAUCGCAUGCGAGAUGAACUACUCAUUGCUAGAGAGGACAUGUUGUGCCUUGGCGUGGGUAGCUCACCGUUUAAGGCAGUAUAUGCUGAGUUACACUACUUGUUUGGUGUCCAAAAUGGACCCUGUCAAGUACAUCUUCGAAAAGCCCACUUUCACUAGGAGGAUAGCUCGGUGGCAGGUUCUGUUGUCAGAAUUCGAUAUUUUCUAUGUCACUCAGAAGGAAAUAAAGGGGAGCACCUUGGUAGAUUAUCUAGUUCAACAACCCAUAAGCAAUUAUCAGCCUAUGCAUCCAAAAUCUCCUGAUGAGGAUAUUAUGGCCUUGUUUGAAGAGGAGGUUGAAGAAGAGGACAGGGAUAAGUUGAUUAUGUGGUUUGACGGUGCGUCUAAUGCACUAGGCCACGAGAUUGAGGCGGUAUUGGUUUCCCCAAACAAGCAAUAUAUACCUUUAAUGGCUAGGUUGUGUUUCAACUGCACAAACAAUAUAGCGGAGCACAAGGCAAGUGCCCUUGGGAUCCGAGCAGCGAUCGACUUUAGGGUCAAGUUACUCAAGAUAUACUAG